CACAGCCAUCUUACUAUGUCAAGCUUGACAACACCCACAGCCACCUGACUGAGGAAUCAAUAUUCAGCACAGUUUAUCUGCUCAACCCAGCAAAGGGUUAUAAGGUUUCAAGCAAGAUGGAACUCCCUUUCCUUUGAUAUGUGAUUUGAUACAACAUUGCUCCCACUGCCCUGUCCUUCAAUGGCUAACAUAGGAGCAUAUCUUCUCUUGAUUUAUUGUUUCACAUGGUUCAUGGUCAUGGAGCCUGCCUAUACCGAAAGUAAUACAUUAGUACUAGGCCAACAGCUCAAAGAUGGUCAGUAUUUGGCUUCUGCUUCAGGGAACUACAAGUUAGGAUUCUUUAGUGGUAGUGGAAGAAAACGUUAUGUAGGAAUAUGGCAUAAACAGGCGGAUGCAGAAAAUGCCAGAACAGAUUUGAAGCCAUUGUGGGUUGCAGAUUAUAGAAGGAACCCCCAGACAGUAGGCAUGCGGUAUGAACCUGAGAAGCCAGUGUGGGACGCAAAUCGAAACGCCCCAGUCUUGGACAAUUCUGGAAUUCUUACAAUCAGUAAUGAUGGCCACUUGAAAAUCUUACAGGAUGGUGGAGUGGAAAUUGUACUUUUUUCGGUUCCAUUAGUGAACAACGCAAGUGCUACUCUGCUAGAUUCAGGCAAUUUUCUCUUACACGAGCUGAAUUCAGAUGGAUCUAUAAAGCAGGUUUUGUGGCAAAGCUUUGACUAUCCAACUGAUAGACUUCUGCCAGGGAUGAAAAUUGGAAUUAAUACAAAAACUGGACAUCAUUGGUGUCUAACAUCAUGGUCAAGUGAGAAAGAUCCUGCCUCAGGCUCUUUCAAACUUGGGAUGGACCCCAACAAUACAAACCAAUUGAUCAUCUGGUGGCAAGGAGAAAUCUACUGGGUUAGUGGCCUUUGGCAAAAUUCUAGUUUCAACUUGCCACAUAAGUUAUCAAAUGAUGUGUACUACCAUUUUAGCUACCAAUCGGAAGAGAAAGAAAAGUACUUCAAUUAUUUUGCAUAUAAAGAUGUCAUCUCAUUCCAAAGGUUGUCAUUAGAUACAUGGGGGGCACUCUGGGGUAUGACUACGAAUGAAGCACCAGAAGUAUUUCUUACAUGCGAAGAACCAUCCUUCUACGAUGGGUGCUUUGGGCGAAAGAAUGAAAAGUGUUUUGCGGGCAAAGGGUUCACAGCUAGAAAAGGCAUCAUGUUGCAGAGUGGAUUCAAUUUCAACGAAGGGUGUAAAAACUAG